AUGACACUGCCAUACUACACCCGGCCGUGGCCCCUGCUGGCGCACUUUGUGGCCUAUGCCGCCUUCACAUACUACGUCCUGCUGCAGCCGGUGCCGGACCAGCAGCCCAGCGGGGCCGGUCGCGGCGAGCGCAUGCACCAGAACCGCACCUCGUUGGCGGUCGGGCCGUGCGUCGGCACGGUGGUCCCCCUGCCGCUGGCGGACCUGCUGGCCGAGCGCAUCGCCCGGGAGAUUCGCCUGCUGGCCGAGCCGCCGGCCGCCGGGGCCGCCCCCCCGAAGGACCCGCCGGCCGCCGGCGACAUGUCCUGCUACCUGGUGGACGCCCGCAGCGACAGCGUCGGCUCUGGAUGCGCGGGCCGGCGCCGGCCUGCGCAAGGCCCCGGCCGCGGCCCCACCCGCGUUGGUCACUGGCAACUCCCCUGA